UUGCCAAACACUUGUGAAUUGCAAGAUAUACAUAUUUUAACUAAAGUAUAUUUUCUUAGGAUCGAUAGAUGUUAAAAUAAGUAGUUUAGAGUCUCUAAUGGAUGAAGAAACCUUUAAACCCUUUUAUUUGUCUCUUCGAUUAUUAGCAAGCACUUGAUUUGACGAAUGAAACUGAUUUAGGGCGUGUGUUGAUACGGAAAAUAUUUUUUUAACAAAUGCAUUUUUUGUACUUGAUUUUUUAUAUUUACAAAUAAGCAAACAAAUCUUAUUUUAAAUUUAUUUAUUAUAAUAUGCAAAAUACUAUGGGUGGGGCCCUAUAGGUGGAUGGGUACAGUAUGAGUUGCCAUUUGUGAAAUUUAUUUUUCUUAUUUUAGUAAUGAAAAAUUCUUCUUUUUAAGAAAUUUAUUUUUUGCAAAAAAUAUUUUAUUAUAUUAAACAAGUAAAAUUGAAAUGGAUGAAGUAUCUAAAAUCUUGGAUGGAGUAAGGAGGUUCAUUCGAAUUCCUUUUCGACAAAAAAUUAGUAUGUAUAUUUAAGAUUAAAAUUACUUUUCAAGUAUUUUAUAUAACUAAUGUUGCAUUCAUUCUUCUUCGUGUGUUUAAUUUUUACUAUUUUGAAUUCACUAAAUAAUUUUUUUUAUUUCAUUGUUAUCUAAAACUUGAAUACUUUAUUAUAAAAAACACAAUCUAUUUAGCUCCCGUUUGACUAUACAUGUUACAAGUUAUUCUAUAUUAGAAAAACUUGACCUUUUGAAACUAUAUUUGGACAUAGUUUUUGGGUUGCUACUUUCUUUUGUCUCUGUUUCUCUAGUUAGUUUUAUGUGCUUCACAAUAGUUCAAAAACUGGUUCUUUUAGUACUUCAGAUAGACAUUUAAAAUUUCAUAGAAAAAUGAUGAAAAUGUGAUUCAAAAUAUAAGCUUAGUACUAGUAGUGGGGUAGAGGAAGAAGCUUUUAUAAUAUCGAGAAACGGACAUAAAAACUUUUCAUGUCUUGCUUUAUGGCUUAGUUGACAGUGUACGAGGAGUUGGAAUUUUAAAAUCAAAGCUUUAAAAAGCAGUCAUUCGAACCUUCCGGUAUUUACUCUUCUUCUGUCUUUCCACGAAAUAAAGAAUGGAAGAAGCUAAAAAAGAACUGGAAAUUUUAGAAACUCAGCAUCCGAACAAGUUUGAAUAUCUCAAGUUGGAAUUAAGAUCCUUCAUAUCUUUUCUUGAAUCUCACAACUCUGACACUCUUCCUUCUUCCUCCUAUGUUGAUACUCAAGAGUCAUCAAGUAACAGGAAGAGGAAAAAUGGAAGCUUUGCUAGUAAAGAAGAACCUAAGAAGAAGCUGCAAAGGGUGGGACAGGAUACAGUGGGAUGUAAUAAGAGGAGUAGGAUUGAUGUUGUUAUGGAGAGGGCUCAGGCAUGUCUACGAAAAAUUCAACGAUUCAAAACUAGUAACAUGUGAUUUUCUUGUAAAUGCAUAUAUAGUUCGAGUAGAAAACAAUGAGUUGGUUCUAGGCUUAUGUUUAAACUACUGUUGGAAAUUUUGUAAUGAUCUUCACUAAUAUCAUGUAAUAGCAUUGAAAAUGUUUGUGUAGUAAAAGAAAGCAAAGCUGACACACUGGCCAGUGACUCCUUGUGUCUCUAUGCUUGUCGUUAUC